UGCACUGUCAUAGUGGGGAACAGGAAGUUCCGGGUAGAAAACGACAGAAAUGUGUUAUGUCGAUAGUGGUUGUGUCCGUUUCAAAUGUAUUAUUACAGGCUCAGAUUAAGAGGCCGUUAACGUCAACAGUGAGGACAAACCCAGUCUGCUUCUUUCCUUCAACACCGAGUCUGAACCUACAGUCACUGGGUCCUGAUUGUGACAGUGGAGCCCAGUUUGCACUGCAGGAUCCAGAGAUGGCAUCAGUGAAGCUGGAAGACUGCAGUCAAACACUGGAGCUGAAUGUCAUCAUUAAAGAUGAAGAAGAGGAGGAGGAGAUUGGUACAUCUGAUAGUCAUGGGGACCAUGUUGAGACAUUCUCUACAUCCAGAGAGCAACAGCAGGAAGGUCACAGAGCUAAGAGGUCUCACCACUGCCCACAUUGUGAGGAGAUUUUCCCAAUUCUAUCAAAGCUAAAAAUACAUCUAAAAAUACACACAGGAGAGAAGCCUUACUCCUGCUCCGACUGUGGGGGGAGAUUCUCCCGAUUGGAUACCUUAAAAUGUCACCACCGAAUACAUACAGGAGAGAAGCCUUACUCCUGCUUUGACUGUGGUAAAUGCUUUAAAACAUCAACUGAGCUAAAAUCUCAUCAGCGAAGACACACAGGAGAGAAGCCUUACUCCUGCUCUGACUGUGGAGAGAGUUUCUCCAGAUUGGAUACCUUAAAAUGUCACCAACAAAUGCAUACAGGAGUGAAGCCUUACUCCUGCUCUGAAUGUGGAAAGAGUUUCUCUCAACAGGGCAACUUAAAAACACACCAACGUAUACAUAAAGGAGAGAAGCCUUACUCCUGCUCUGACUGUGGGAAAGGCUUUAAAACAUCAACUGAGCUAAAAUCUCACCAGAGAACUCACACAGGAGAGAAGCCUCACUACUGCUCUGACUGUGGGGCGAGUUUCUCUCAAUUGAGCAAUUUAAGAAGACACCAACGUAUACAUAAAGGAGAGAAGCCUUACCACUGCUCUGACUGUGGGACGAGUUUCUCUCAAUUGAGCAACUUAAAAACGCACCAACGCAUACAUAAAGGAGAGAAGUUCUCUCAGACCAGCUAAGAUUAAAGUCACUCCAUCACUUAAUUUUCAUUUGAUAAAAGAAGUGGUAACAGUGAAUUGGAUCAAAUGAAGAAAGCGUAGAACACUGUAAUCUUAUUGUUUCUCACUGUGAGAGAACUGUGCAGAGGAAAAGGAUUGUUAUAGAAUGUUAGCCUCUCUUUACUGAUCAGUGUGCACCUUGUCAGUUUUGGUGUGUUUUGUUAGAUUCUACUGUAAACAUGUUGAGAUUACCUGGAUUUUCCCUUAGCGUUGAAAACCCUCUGAGGGAUCACUUGUUAAAACAAUGCAGUGUGAUGGUUGACUGGGUGGUACGGCUUCCUUCUGCAGUUUUCUGUUGCAAUGAGUUAGUAGACCAAAUAUGUAUCAGAUAGAGAUGGGGUGAUGAUCAGUUUUCACCACUAGUUUGGGUGUAUUAUUUUUGCUAUUAAUCAACUUUGUUUAAUGAUAAACAGGCUUUGAAACAUCGACACUGAAAGAAUAUACAUAAAUGCAACAUGUUUUUAUUUAAUUUUUUAUUUCACCUUUAUUUAACCAGGUAGGCUAGUUGAGAACAAGUUCUAAUUUGCAACUGCGACCUGGCAACAUGUGAAGUGUUGGUCCCAUGUUUCAAGACCAGAAAUGUUCCAUAUGCACAAAAAGGGUAUUUAUCUCAAAUUCUGUGCUCAAAUUUGUUUCCAUCCCUGUUAGUUAGCAUUUUUCCUUUGCCAAUAUAAUCCAUCCAUCUGACAGAUGUGGCAUAUCAAGAAGCUGAUUAAACAGCAUGAUCAUUACACAGGUGAACCUUGUGCUGGGAACAAUACAAGGACAGCCUAAAAUGUGCAGUUUUGUCACACAACCCAAUGCCACAGAUGUCUCAUGUUUUAAGGGAAUGUGCAAUUGGCAUGCUGACUGUAGGAAUAGCCACCAGAGCUGUUGCCAGAUAAUUGAAUGUUAAUUUCCCUACAAUAAGCUGCCUCCAACAUUGUUUUAGAGAAUUUGGCAGUACCUCCAACCGGCCUCAACCGCAGACCAUGUGUAUGGUGUUGUGUGGGCGAGCGGUUUGCUGAUGUGAAUGUUGUGAACAGAGUGCCCCAUGGUGGCAGUGAGGUUAUGGUAUUGUUAGGCAUAAACUACGGACAACAAACACAAUUUUUGUGCCAUUCAUCCGCCGCCAUCACCUCAUGUUUCAGCAUGAUAUAAUGCAGCUUUGUGAGGCUCAUUUGAACUUGUUGAAUUUCUGGGAUCUUUUAUUUCAACUUCAUGAAACAUUGGACCAACACUUUACGUUGCGUUUAUAUUUUGUAGAUUUGUUAUUUUAAUCAUUGAUAAUUAAUGUAUUUGGAUAACUGUAGUGAACUUAAUUGAUCUACUAAUGAAAAAUAAAUGUUCUACAUUAA